AUGACUCUAGCAUUUCAUAAAUGUAGGCUUUGCUUGAAGCUUGGUGAUUUCUGUUCUAUAUUCGAUCAGGAUGAUACCGUUAAAUUAUCCGACAUGGUUAUGUCUUUCGCUAAUGUUAAGAUAUUUGAAGGUGAUGGUUUUUCUGAUCGCGUUUGUACAUCAUGCAUAGAAAAUUUAAGCACAGCUUAUUUAUUUAAGCAACAAUGUGAGCGAAUUGACCAUCUAAUUAGAAAGUCUCCAGAUACUGAUAUUAAUAAACCACCCCUCACAAACUACGAUGAUUUCUUCAACAAAGAGUUCCAUGUUCACACAGAAUAUGAGUCUGGAGAAGAUGAAAAAAACGAGAGCUAUGAUAAUAACACCAAUGCUGAAGCUUAUUGUGGAUCUCGGCAUGAGAUAAGUGAUGAGACAGACAGUGAUGUUGACUCAAUUAAAUGUAUGGCCUGCAAUCAGUCAUACAGCAAUAUAGGUAGCCACAGGUGCCACACAGUAUGUACUAUAGAGCGUAAUGGCUUGCAGCAGUCUAGCAGCAGCAAUGAGACUUUGGUUGCCACUGACAUAAGUCAAGAAAACAUCCAAUCAAGACCCACACCUCCUGGUUCUACAAAAUCUUCAUACAUUGAUGUGUCAUGUUUGUUGUGUGAUGCAAGAUAUGACCAGUACGACAGUUAUGUAAUACACCUUAAUAAAUGUCUUACAAAUGUAAAGUUACAUCACUAUGUUUGCCCUGUGUGCCAUGAAAUGUACACAGAUAAAUUAGCAUACUUAGAACAUUUGAAAGUGACACACUUCUCACAAAACACUGUACAAGAAGACUUUAUAGGCCCCGGGAUGGAUUGCAUUGAUUUCCCAAUAUAUGCCACAACAAAACCUAAAGCUGUUCGCCGCCAGAUAGGUUGGUCAGUGGAAGAUAUUUACCAAGAGAUUGAUUGCAAACCACUGGAAAAGAAGGAGACUCCCACAUCAAGUCCUUUGAAAACAUUUUUUUCAAAAUUUGGGAAUGAGACUUUUAGCAGGCAGAGUACACCAAAAAAAGUCAGUUUCAGAAAAUUUAUUGAAAAUGGCAAGGCCAAAACUUCUAUACACCUGCCAUUCCAAAAAUAUAUUCAGAAUUAUAAAUUGAAGAAGAAAGCAACUGCUUACAGUCCUAUUAAAGGAAAACUUCAAGUAUCAACUAAAAUAAAAGCCAGCUUGCCUGAAGUCUCAGACAGUGAUUACAGCUCUCCUAGUGGUACAUCAGAGGAGUCAUGGAAACUAAAGCAAAAUUUAAUUUGUGCAUGUGACAAAAAAAUAUUCAUGCUCUCUGAGUCUGUUAAAGAUCGAGAUAGACUUACAGCUAUGAUAAAUGAGUUGGGCGGAGUUGUGGCAGAAAACACCAAAAUGGAAAUGUUAGCAACACAUUUCGUAUCUGUGUUGCCAAACGACACAUUCACAGGGAUGAUGGUGUGCGCCCUCGCCACUGGCAAAUGGUUGCUAAGUAUUAACUUCAUUUACGACAGUUUUCGGUGCAAAAAGUUUUUACAGGAAAGCCUUUAUGAAUGGAUGAAACACCCGAAAAUUUUAGAAAUCGAUAGCACAAGUGUUGAAGUAGCUCGAGCAGCAGUCUAUUGGCAUUCAGAGCUUGAGGCACAGAGCAACAAGUAUCCCUUUGAAGGCAAACAGAUUGUUCUCAUUAUGAAGAAAAAGUACAGACAAUAUUAUCAAAUGAUUUUCAAAACAUUAAAAGCUAAACCUGUCACAUAUGAUCCCAGAACUCCAGGCAGCUGUUGCACCGCAGACUAUUGCUUUGUGGACAUGAAGAUAAUAGAAAGAGUGAAACUGCGAUUCUUCGCUCGUCACAACGUGCCUGUAUUCCCAUAUCAGUACAUCCUAGUAUAUUUGUUGAAACGAGGCCAUGUUGAAGAUGAAUACAAAUAUCUACUACAAGACUGUAAGAAGAUAUUUUCGCCAGACACUAUGUAUUUAUUAAAUAAUACAUACUAAUGUAACUAAGGUAGACUUAAUAAUCUUCCAUAAAUUGUGCCUUAUAGUUUUUAAGAAAAUAAUCUUAUAGUUUUUUAAAGAAUAUUUUUUUAUCUUGAUAAUGACUAAAUAUAGAUCAUACACAUUAUAAUGUUGGGUUUAAUGGAUUAUAUUAUUUUGAAAUAUAUACUAUAUUUUUAAA